GUGGAGACGAGCACCACCUCACACCCCAUCCACCACCACCACCACCACCCUUACUUCCCCCCCUCCUGGUCUUCCCUUCCCUCCUCCACCAUACGACCUCUACAAUAUGAGGGCGCAGUUAUUCAGACUCCUGGCGGUGGCGCUAGCGAUGGCGUCGGCCGCCCAGGGGGACAAGCUACCUGGCGGCGGCGGCGGAGGACACGGCGGCGGCGGGGGAUUUGGCGGGGGCAACGGACAUAGUGGCGGCGGGGGCAAUGGGUUUGGCUCGUCGGGUGGCCUCACUAGCUCCUACAGUUCUAGUUCUUUCAAUAACGGCGGCGGGUCCCUUGGCGCCCCUAGCCAGAGCUACGGCGCCCCGCCCAGCCAAUCCUACGGCCCCCCCUCCCAGACACAGACACCUAGUCAGACGUACGGACCCCCUCAGACAGGCCAGACACAGACCGUAAGUCAGACCUAUGGGGCCCCUAACAAUCAGGCCCCCUCCCAGAGCUACGGUGCCCCACAGGCCUCCACCCCUAGCCAGACUUACGAAGAACCUGAAGAGAGUCUCGAUACUCCUUCACAGAGUUACGGAGCGCCGCAGCAACAGACACCCUCCCAGAGCUACGGGACACCCAGCCAGCAGCAAAAUGGCCCGUCACAGAGCUACGGAACGCCUAACCAACAACAACAGCCAUCUCAAAGCUACGGAACCCCCAACCAGCAGCAGAAUGGCCCGUCACAGAGCUACGGAACACCCCAGCAGCCAUCCCAGAGCUAUGGAACACCUAGCCGGCAACAGCAGCCAUCCCAGUCAUACGGAACUCCACAACAGCCAUCCCAGUCUUAUGGAGCACCCCAGCAGAGGCAGCAGCAGCCAUCACAGAGUUACGGAGCGCCACAGCAAAGCAACAACAGGGGCGGCGGCGGCGGAUAUGGUGGCGGACAGAACGGCGGCGGCGGUAACGGCGGAUAUGGUGGCGGACAGAACGGCGGCGGCGGCGGCGGUGGCGGAUAUGGUGGUGGACAGAACGGCGGCGGCGGCGGCGGUAACGGCGGAUAUGGUGGUGGACAGAGCGGCGGCGGCGGCGGCGGUAACGGCGGAUAUGGUGGAGGACAGAAUGGCGGCGGCGGCGGUAACGGCGGAUAUGGUGGCGGACAGAGCGGCGGCGGCGGCGGCGGUAACGGCGGAUAUGGUGGCGGACAGAAUGGCGGCGGCGGCGGUAACGGCGGAUAUGGUGGCGGACAGAACGGCGGCGGCGGUGGCGGAUAUGGCGGUGGACAGAACGGCGGCGGCGGCGGUGGUUACGGCGGCGGCGGUGACACGAAGGGGAUGCCUUACGGGUUCGACUACGCUGUGAACGACAUGUACUCCGGCGUGGACUUCUCUCAAAAGGAGGAGAGCGACGGCAACGUGGUGACUGGCGAGUACCGCGUCCAGCUGCCCGACGGUCGCCUGCAGAUCGUCAGCUACACGGCGGAUCACGAGAGCGGAUAUGUGGCGAACGUCAGGUACGAGGGUGAGGCUCAGUACCCAACCAACGGCGGCGGCGGCGGCGGUGGCGGAUAUGGCGGCGGACAGAACGGAGGCGGUAACGGUGGAUAUGGCGGCGGACAGAACGGAGGCGGUAACGGUGGAUAUGGUGGCGGACAGAACGGCGGUGGUGGCGGCGGAUAUGGUGGCGGACAGAACGGCGGCGGCGGUAGCGGCGGAUAUGGUGGCGGACAGAACGGCGGCGGCAGCAGCGGCGGAUAUGGUGGCGGACAGAACGGCGGCGGCGGCGGCAGCGGCGGAUAUGGUGGCGGACAGAACGGCGGCGGCGGCAGCGGCGGUUAUGGUGGCGGACAGAGCGGGGGCGGUGGCAGCGGCGGAUAUGGUGGCGGACAGAACGGCGGCGGCGGCGGCGCAUAUGGUGGCGGACAGAACGGCGGCGGCGGCGGCGGAUAUGGUGGCGGACAGACCGGAGGCGGCGGCGGCAGCGGCGGAUAUGGUGGCGGACAGAACGGCGGCGGCGGCGGCAGCGGCGGAUAUGGUGGCGGACAGACCGGAGGCGGCGGCGGCAGCGGCGGAUAUGGUGGCGGACAGACCGGAGGCGGCGGCGGCAGCGGCGGAUAUGGUGGCGGACAGAACGGCGGCGGCGGUGGUGGUCACGGCGGCGGCGGCAGCGGCGGAUAUGGUGGUGGACAGAACGGCGGCGGCGGCGGCGGCGGUUACAAUGGUGGUGGCGGCGGCGGCAGCAGCUUCGGCCAGAAACUAAAUGGUGGAGGAGGCGGCGGCGGCGGCGGCUACGGCAGGAGGAAGUAACUUGAUGAAGGAAGACACCCCUCCUCUUCUCCCUCUUCCUGAUCCUCCUCCUCUCUAUCUAUUCCUCUUUCGCCUUCCUCUCUCGAUCCUCUUUGUAACCUUACUCUCGAUUCUUUGGUUACAUCUCGUUGUCUUUCUGAUCAGGUUCCUCCGCCUCCUCCUCCUCCAAUGACGCCGUAACACCUGUCAACACCGUAACACCUAUAAUUAAGAUCGAAUCCCCGACGAUUUAAACUUCCUAACGAUCAGUUUUCCUGCUUUCUUUUUAGUCUUUUACGAGUAAAGCGUCAAACUGUCUCGAACGCGCUCCGAGCCCAAGCGAAACACCGGAGCAGGAGAGAGAGAGAGAGAGAGAGAGAGAGAGAGAGAGAGAGAGAGAGAGAGAGAGAGAGAGAGAGACUGCAUGCGAGAAUACAAAACUUUUAAGAUAACAGUGUAUAAUAAUAAAUAUGUGUGUGUGUGUGUGUGUGUGUGUGUGUGUGUGUGUGUGUGUGUGUGUGUGUUCGUGCCCGCCUUCAUUUUUAUAUAUAUUCAAACUAAAAAAAAGUUAAAUGCUGUGCCAAUAGUUAAAAUAGUAGUGACGAUGGCAAGAUAUUAGAAUGUCUUAAUGCAAUGUUAAGUCAGCGUGCAGACAGCCAACCCCUGAAACGAAAAAAAGGCUGUCACAGAAAGGAAAAAAAUAUAAAUGAAUACCUUUCCCUACCUUCGAGUGAAAAUUUACCUGUGACGGUUUUCGGAACGCCUGUGGUUACCUGUCUUGUUCGUUGACGUUGUGAUAAUCUUGUAUCGAUUUUUUUUUUGGUGUAUUUAUUAUUUAUGCAAAUCGGCAGCCACUCCUUCAGGUUAUCUUCAUACGUAGUGUCAUUUGUAUGUUUGUGUUUGUGUCUACAGAGUCCUAUAAAGGUAAUAUUUUUAUACUGCUAAGGACAAACAAUACUCUCUCUAGCUGUAUUUUCCUCCGCUCGUGAAUAAAAUAUAUUUCGCAAGA